AUGACUCUAGUUAACAAGUCUUUUGUAAGAGAGUUUGAAAUAAUGGGAAUUACCACCGACCCAGACUUGCAACAUAUCCUAUUUACUUUGUUUCUAUUGAUUUACCUUUUAAGUCUUAUUAGCAAUACAAGCAUCAUGAUAACAAUCCUCGUUAUUAACGACCUUCACAGUCCAAUGUAUUAUUUUCUCAGCAAUCUGUCCUUCUCAGAUCUGUGCUAUUCUUCAGUAAUUUCUCCUAAAAUGCUGUUUGAUUUCUUUCUGGAAAGAAAAUUGAUCUCAUUUAUUGGCUGUGUGCUUCAGUUAUAUUUCUUUAGUUUGUUUGCCACUAUUGAUGGCUAUAUGUUGUCUACCAUGGCCUAUGAUCGCUAUGUUGCAAUAUGUCACCCUCUUCUGUAUGUAUUAAUAAUGAACAGAAGGAAAUGUGUGAUUCUCACAGUUAUUGUCUAUAUUGGAGGUUUAUUUACUGCGGCGAUCCAUACUUCGUGCACAUUUGUAUUACCGUUUUGUGGUCCUAAUGUAAUUAACCAUUUCUAUUGUGACAUUCCUCCACUAAUGGAGCUCUCUUGUGCAGAUACAUAUACGAGCAAAAUGAUUAUAUUUGGUGUAGUCUUUUGCCUUGGACUUUUUUCAGCAAUCGUCGUAUUAGCUUCAUAUGCAUAUAUUUUUUUCACUAUAUUGACAAUUCACUCAUCAGAAGGUAGACACAAAGCGUUUUCAACAUGUUCCUCUCAUCUAUUUUGCGUUUCCUUAUUUUAUGGAACGGUUUUCUUCAUGUACCUCCGUCCGGCUUCCAGCUAUUCUGUUACACAAAACAAGAUAGUAUCUGUAUUCUAUACUAUGAUAAUUCCUAUGAUGAACCCAAUUAUUUAUUGCCUACGAAACAAAGAAAUUAAAGAGGCUGUGAAGUCCUACAUGAGUAGAUUACUAGUGCACACCAGAAAUUGCUAA